AUGGGCCUCCCACUCUUUCAAGCCCCUGUCGAGUCCGACAUUGUGUUGAAAUCAGCCACCAAACCCCAGGCAGACUCGACGCAUGCGCGCUCGCCCAUCCGUCGCGCUGAACGCCGUCGGCAGCUCAAUGAGACGCGACAGCACCGACUGCAGUUAUUAGCCGCUCUGCAGGGUGGUCCCCCGCCCGAGUCUCGCCCGCGAGCUGCAGAGAAUCCGCCCCCUGCCAAUGAUGCUUCGGCGCGACCUGAUCGAUGGAACUUCGAGUCUGAGUUGGAUGACUUGAACGACAUUCUGCGCGCCGAAGACCGCGCUGCCAGACGUGAUGCGCUCCGCUCGGCAUCUGCGCUUCCUGGUCCCGAUACUAUGAUUGGGGAGGAGAGUUAUCUGCGAGCUGAUCGAGCCAUCGACCGCGACUGGACUGCCGGCAUGCAGCCCAGCAGUAGAGAGCCAAGCUCGCGUCGUUUUCGGGAUUUGCCGUACGUUCCUGGCCGGUUGCGACCUCCCGUCAUAAGGCGCCAAGGCAGUUUCGAGUCGGCGCCUCCCAACCGCUCGCCCAGGACUCGCAACCCGGAUCCCGGCGAAUAUCUCAACGAGUAUCGCCAGCGCCGAAAUGUGCAGGACGGAAUCACUCGGUCCAGACCUCACCGCGUUCGCCGUUAUGUCCGAUACAUGGAUGGCCUGGGAGACCGAGAUCGCAGCUUGAGCCCAGAAAACGAGAACAUAUGGGAAAAUCUGCAGUCGACCAUGACGCCUGACCCGCAGCCGCCCAGUGUCGGUUCCUCCUUUUCUUCUACGACUGUAUCUACUGUUGCUUCUCAGGGGACAAUCAGCUCCGCCAACACAUCCAUCACAAAUCCGGCUGAGGAAGUCGACCCGCCAUGCGAACCGGCGGGCGAGAACGUGGACAGUGACGAAGACGGGGAUCUUACCCUCGAGGAGAUCCGAGCCGCAUCGUCCCAGCGUCGCCUUCCGAGAAGCGCGCGCCGUUCAUAUGCAGAUGUCGCUGCUGACGCACUCCCCUCGGCUGACGAGGACGGGAUCGAGGGUCUAGAGUUAUCAGACAUGCAACGCCUAGUGCAAAGAUUGGCUGCCCGGCAGGACAUUCCGGAUCAGUGGUGGGCCGCUGUCGGACUGAGCCGGUCGAUGACCAUGGAUGAGCCCAAUUGA